AUGGGUGGAUCCAAAGGUGACGUUGAAUCUGGCUAUAAUGUUAGGCAUGGCAAUAAUAACAUGGAUCAACUCUAUCCAACGAUGCUUGAGAGCCCCCAACUUCGUUGGGCUUUCAUUCGCAAGGUUUACGUCAUAAUCUCCAUGCAACUUCUUCUCACCGUCGCCGUCGCCGUAGCCGUCAUCUUCUACCGUCCGAUCCCGGAUUUUUUCGUUAAGACAACGGGUGGCCUUAUUGCCUACAUUGCCAUUAUCAUCUUUACCUUCCUACUUAUGAUCGCGUUGUACUUUUUACACAAGCGUCAUCCGGUGAACUUUCUCCUCCUCACGUUGUUCACAAUUGCGAUCGCGUUUUCUGUCGGACUCAGUUGUGCCUACACGAAAGGGGUUGUUAUUUUGGAGGCCGCAAUUCUGUGCUCUAUCGUGGUGGUUAGCCUAACUUUGUAUACAUUCUGGGCAGUGAAGAGAGGCUGGGAUUUCACCUUUCUUGGGCCUUUCCUAUUUGCUUCUCUCUUGGUUCUUCUUAUUUUUGCCCUCAUUCAGGUAUUUCUUCCGCUGGGUAAGCUUACAUUGAUGAUAUAUUCAGCCUUGGCAUCGAUCAUAUUCUGUGGGUAUAUAAUAUACGACACUAACAAUAUGAUCAAACAUUACACCUACGACGACUAUAUUUGGGCUGCGGUUGCUAUUUAUCUUGAUGUCAUCAAUCUUUUUCUCAGUAUUCUCAGUAUACUCAGAUUGAGUGACUAA